AUGGCGUCGUUGAGUCCGGUGCAAUUCCAAUUGUUACUGGGAGCUACAGCAUUAGGAUACGGCAUUAUCUUUAUGCUUUGUAUGUGGCUAGUUGUGUACAUGCGUCAUCAUUUGUCUGGUGCAUUACGUGGUGACACAAGAGCUGCACGUAAAGUAUUGUUGCCUGCCUUUCAACCACUCUUGUGGUUAUUGACUCUUGUGUCGUUCAUAUACACCAUUUCCUUUACUUUAUUGGUGUUACAACGAUCGGAAUUGACACAAUUUAGCCGCAUCAAGACAGAGAUUUAUUACAGUGGACGACUCUUUGUGAUGGCAUUACCAGUACUAUAUCUUCAACAACGAGCCGUGACAACAAGAGCGUUGGUUCGAGCGUCAGUAUACUCGCUAUUGCUUGCAGUGUAUAAUAUUCCAAUAGUAUGGAUCGUGGAUUCAACACGAGAGGCAGAUGCAGUACAUUAUAUCACUAUGUUGACAGGAAUUUUGCCACUGGUAGUAUUGGAAUGGGUGUGUUUACGGCCGCUAGGGAGAGCUAGUCACAAGACGUUACGAGAAUAUGCAGCAUUUGUGGGGGUUUAUUUUUUCUUGCGGUUGAUCUAUACGGAGUUGUAUCAUUUCGGUCUGGAUUGUGCAGACGUGACUUUUACAAUUACGUUGGCAAGUAUUUUUUGGGGAUCGUUGGUCCCAGUAGUUAUUUGGCGAGUUCUUAAGGCAGAUACAGCACAUUGGCGGGGUCUUGGAAGACGUGCUGUGCAUCUUCAAUCGCUUUUUCGACAAAAGUAUUACUCUCUUCACGAGCGUGUAUCAUCGCGAGGACUCCAUGUUCUGAUUGAAAUGCAUCGAAAGCAAAUUAUUGACUUUGCUUAUCUGGAGCUACAAACUAAAAUUGGCGCAGGUGCUAAUGCAGUCGUGUUCCGAGGCACCCUUCACUCGAAGAUUCCGGUUGCCAUUAAAGUCUAUACGCCACGAGUUCUUUGUGAAGAUGUUGUGGCUGCGUUUUCACAUGAAGCAGCGUUAUGCGGUGCUUUACAUCACCCCAAUGUCGUCCGAUUCUAUGGCAUGUGCGUCUACCCACCCGCUGUGUGUCUCGUGUCAGAACUGUGUCGCGCUUCGCUCGAGGAUGUCACACGUGCUAGCGCUAAGGCACAGUUACACCGGCGCAGUCGAGAAGAACAGCACGAACAAGGCGUAUGUCCUCAGGGUCAACGGCAACGCCAUCAACUACUGAUUGAUCUGAGUUACAUGAUUGAUGCCACACGUGCAGUUGUGUACAUGCACAGCUUCACACCAGCUUUUCUGCACCGUGAUAUCAAGCCGUCAAACUUUGUGGUGGAUGAUUUCGGUACAUGCAAGCUCACAGACUUUGGUGAAUCGCGCAGUGUUCCUGGCGACAAGGUGAAUUAUGUGACCGAGAACACAACGACAGCGGCAACUGCGGCAACGUCAGCGACAAGGUUGUUUGGAGAGUCAUCCAAGGGAGUCCAGACGCCAAGCACCUCCGCUCAACUUGUGCCUCCGCCGAUUUCCUUAAGGCCUUCACUGCGUGAUCGUGGACGAAAUGCCAUGACUGUACGUGGUACAGCAGAUUAUAUGGCCCCAGAGCUGAUCGAGGGCAAAGCCAAUACUGCUGUCUACGGUGAAGCUGCGGAUAUCUACUCGCUUGCUAUCACACUGUGGGACAUCAUCUAUCCUCUCGUCCCCAAGUAUCCGGAGGCAACCCGAAGUCAUCUUCAGGUAUUUGAUAGCGUGCUUAGUGGCGAACGGCCUCCGCUUAGUCCGUCCCUACACCCUGAAUUGCAUCGACUGUUAACUGAUGCCUGGCACCAGCAGCCAGAACGUCGACCUUCCGCGACGUAUAUUCUGAUGGCUCUAGAGACGCUUCAACAAGAGGUUGGCGCACAAACGGCAUUAAGUCUUGUUUCAGCGCUUGGUCAAGCCGAAGCGCCAUCCGCGAUGAAAGGAGAGCUUCUUAUGCAGCACAUGAUUGAGCAUGAUUAUGUGGACUCAGCAUCCGAAGCUUACUGCAUGGGCAAUUCACUGAUGAGUGCUGGGUUCUUACAUCACUCUCAGCACCACGCGUCUUUUCACAAAACGUCCGAUCUAUUCUACUUUGACGCCGAUGUGCUGGGUUUGUAUGCACCAUCAACUCCCAAUAGCGCUUUUCAGACGUCCGUCAGCCCCCUCAGCUCUGAUUUCUCGGACGAUCAAACGCCGCUAGCUUUUAUUGACAGGUAUGACCAACAUGUCUCAAGCAAGAAACGUCGACGUGCAACAGAUUCUUCUGUCACGACAACGCGGUGUUUUUCACCACCUGCUGAAAAAAAGCGUUGCUCAACGACUGCAUGUCAUGGAAAAAGCACCAAGUUGACAGUCUGUGCUUGUCGGAAGCUUGGUCGUGGCUUGAUUUAUCCAGACCGGUGGCAAAAACGACGAUUCCGACGAACAAAACGGUGGUUGUCUACCAUCGAAGAGAGUCUUUUAACUCGCAAGCUUCUUUCACACGAUAUCGAGUUAAUACCGUCUUUUGCCGAGACUGAUGGAUUUGAAGAUUAUAGCAACUGGGAUGACAUGGAUUCAAGCAUCAUGGCCUGGGCAAAUACUUCGGUCUCAAGUAUUGAUGAAGGCUUGGAAUUAAGUGAUUUGGACGAUACGGAAAAGUCGGCUCAUGUUGAAUAG